AUGGAGGCAGUGAACACGCUCCCGGACAAGCAGGGUAUUGAUGUUGAUUUAAUAUUAGUAAAGUCCAAGCUGCGAUAUUCGCAAGGUAAAGACGGUGAGGUUUCGAUGGACAGUAAUACGUUUCUGAUUGUUGCUAUAACGCUUGUUAACGGUGUUCCAGCGCAAUAUGGCUGUACGUUGUUUCGCACGCAUUCGUUAUGUUUUAGUAGCUCCUCUUUCACGAGCUUGAUGGUGCGGUCGCAUUUUUCUCGAGACUUCUUGAAUUUUGGAAAACGAUCGCUGAAUGGCGCAUGGGAAUGGAUUGGUGAACGGCAACAAAACAGUGCUGAAUUUCCUCAAAAAAAGGAUGGAUUUAGAAGGGAAUUUAUGAAUUUUGGCAAAAGAGAGGAACCAUUUUCGAGAAAUUUCAUGAAUUUUGGCAAAAGAGAAGAACCGUUUGCCCGGAAUUUUAUGAAUUUUGGGAAAAGAGCAGGGAUCUUGGAUCGGAAUUUCAUGAAUCUCGACAAAAAACGAAUAGAAGCGAAUGCAUUCAGUCGCGAUUUUCUGAGCUUCGGCAAAAGGUACUUCCUCGUGUAG